GAUAAAUCCGCGGUCACACUGAUUUGGUCCCACUAUCCGUAGUUUCUGCGAAAACAGAAGAAAAAUAAACUUUUCCGUGAGAUUUGUUCGCACAAAUUGUAAAAAAUACAAUCGAUUGGUAGCGCGCUAUAACUCCGUUCGUCCCCCACAUAUGUAUCGCAGUGCGGCAGGCAUAUAUGCCACAACAAACGCAAUAUUAAAGUUUCGCACGAAGAAGAAGAACGGACAGCAGCUAUAAUUGUAGAUGUCUUGUUGUUGUUUCUGUUGUACCUGCCCCGACUCUCGCCAUGACGCGGAGAUGAUGCUGCUACUGGGGCAACAUUGAGGCAAAGUAAAAGUGGUUGAAAUGUGUGUGCAACAAACUACGCUGCAGUCGAUGAUGCAGAUGGCGACGUCCCAGCCCCAUUGAUAUCGGGCGCGGGGUGGGGAGCAUUUACUUAGGUGGAAAACUAACUAUCGCCCAGAACUCGUGCGUGCCACAAAAUUGCGCCAAUAAGCAAAAGAGAGGCGAACGCAAACGCAAACAUCGUUUGUUUUAUUGCAUUCCUCGCUCGCACACACACACACACACAAACAAACAAGCAAGCACCAAGCACUCACGCACACUGGGCAACUCUCAUCUAGCAACACACGCGCACGCAUAUGCCCAUAUGUGUUCGUGUACAUGCUGCAGCAACAGAGAUUUUGUCUACUACUCUCACAUACACACAUGCAUUUACGCAGCAAAACGCAGCACAACAAAACCACCACCACCUCUCCUCUCCUCCGCAAAUGUUUUGCUUGAGUGAGAAUCCAAGACAGUGAAUCGUUGAACCAGUCCAGGCCUCAGGAAGAGCACAAGGAAGAGCCAGAGCAGCAGCAGUAGUCGAAGAAGCCCGCCAAGAUGUCGCGCUGGGGCAAGAACAUCGUCGUACCGCUGGAUUCCCUCUGCAAGGAGAAGGAAAACACCAACCGGCCGACAGUGGCCCGUUCCGUGGGCACCGUGGGCAAAUGGGGCAAGAUGGGAUUCACCUCGACCCGCACCUACACACUCUCCGCCCUCCAUCCGAUGGCAGCGGCGGCGGCGGCCGCCGCAGCAGCAGCCAGUCCCGCCCAAAGCCCGGCCUCUACCUACGACCAUGAUCCGAACGACAUGUCCGUGUCUGUGCCGGAACCGCCCAAGCCUAAGAAGUUCUUCAAGUCACGAAACGCCGCGCCGCCCGAGGUGAUUGCCCAGAUCAUCCAGCAGAUGCCGCACUGCGUCGACACGUCGCCGAUGCGGGAUCAGCAUGCCGUGCCCGCCGCCCACGAGACCCUCAAACAGAAGCUGGCCAAAGGCAACUCCGCAGAGCGGAAGCGCAAAUCUCCCAAGAAGAAAGCAUCAACGCCUGCGACGCCCUCGACGCCAGGUGCGUUCGGUCUGGACAGCGACGGCAUGGAUACGCCGGCGGAUCAUCAGGAGGGUGGCGACGAACCCCGGUCGACCAAGAAAAAGCGACCCAAGGAGGAAAAGAAGCUCAAGCCGGAGGCGCCGCCAUCGCGAAUCCUGGGACGGACCCGCAAGGCGGUCAACUACCGUGAGGUGGACGAGGACGAUCGGUAUCCCACGCCCACUAAGGAUCUAAUCAUUUCCAAGUCGCGUACCCCAACGGAAACGGUUACAUCAGCCUCGGCAUUGGCCGCCUCUGUGGCUGCCACCUCCACAGAAGCCAUCACCUCGACAGCAGGCAGCAGUCCCGAUUCUGGUCUAGCGCUUCCGCCCCCCAUAACGGCGCCCAGUACCGCGGCUGCGUCUGCUACGACAACGCUGCCGCUGCCUCCAUCCGCCUCCGCCACGAACCCCACAAGUGCAUCCCGCACGCCGGAGCAUCCGCCCAUUGUGCUGCGCAUUUCCAAGGGCACUUCCCGCUUGGUCAGCACGGACAGCGAGGAGCCGCCCGGCAGUUCGCCAGCGCACCAUCAGUACCAGCAGCAGCAGCAGCUCCUCCAGCAUCAUCAGCAGCACCACCUUCAGUACCAGAACCAGAGCCAGAGCCAGCAGCAACACCUGGAGGAGUCAUUUGGAGCAGAGACUGGAACAGUGGGAGCGGGUGGUGUAGAUAGAAGAGACGACGAGAGAGAAAAAGUUCCUGCAAAUACGCCAAAAAUCAUUGUGAAACCCCUUCGACCUCCUGGGGCCGAGGGAACGGGUGCCGCCGCCGCCAGCUUCGAAGAGCAGCGUCUGCCAGAGGAGACAGAGGAGGACGCCGACGAGGAAGAAGAGGAGGAGGAGGAGGAAGAGCCGCCAGAGAUCAACUAUUGCACUGUAAAGAUCUCACCGGACAAACCCCCGAAGGAGCGCCUGAAGCUGAUCAUCAAGACCGACGUGAUCCGGCACGCCAUCGCCAAAGCAGCCGCAGCAGCGGCAGCCAAAGCAGCCGGGGAGGAGACGCGCAGCGAAAAGAAGUCCAAGAGCAAGAAGCACAAGCACCUCAAGCACGCCCAGUUGGAGCAGCAGCUGCUCACCAACUGCAAUACCAGCAACACAGCCAGCGGUGGAACAGUACCCAGUGCGACAGUCACAUCGACAGCGACAGCGACAGCCACAGGCACAGGCACAGCAACGGCCACCGUCACAACGGAGGCUAACUCAGAGUUUAAGACGCCGUCACCCCACCUGGCCCUCAACGAGCCCCCGCACCAACAACAGCAGCAGCAGCAGACGCAGCCGAUCCCAAUCCAGCCUCAUCGCGGCUCGGUGAUUUCGCCCACCACACGCUCGGACCACGACUUCGACUCGCAGUCCUCGGUGCUGGGCAGUAUCUCCUCUAAGGGAAACAGCACGCCGCUGAUGCUGGCGCAGGCCGUGCAGGAGGACAGCUGCGUUAUUCGGAGCCGGGGAUCCAGUGUGAUCACCAGCGACCUGGAGUCGAGCCAGCACUCGUCCCUGGUGGCGCCCCCCUCAGACAUUGAGUCGCGCCUGGAGUCCAUGAUGAUGACCAUCGAUGGAGGGUCAGCUGCAGCUGGGACGGCGGUAUCUGAUGUGGCACCGGGGCCGCUGCAAGAGGAUAUUCUGGCCGUUCUCCGAGGAGACGUGACCCGGAUCAAUGGAGCGGGAGAGGAGCCUCCAGCCGUGGAAGAGCCGCCGCCCAAGCGGGCCACGCGCGGAAGGGCUAGAAAGGCCAACAACAAUGUGGAUGCGGCACCAGCGGCGCCAUCAACGGUUACAGAAACGCGGACACGCGGCAGGGCCAAGGCAGCGGAUACAAUUACAUCGCCCGUGGCCGCGGCCGUGCCCGUGCACGUGGCCGUGCCUGUGCCUGUGCCCAAGCGGGCCACACGUGGCACUCGCGGCGCCAAGAAAGCGGAACUGGAGACGAACAUGGAGGUGGACGAGUCCGGUCCGCUGGCUGGGACCGACCAGGAGGAUGCCACGGCAACGGUCACGACCACAUCCCUGCCGCGACGAGGCCGCAAUGCCGCCGCACGGGCCAACAAUAACAAUUUGGCCAGCAUCAACAACAACAUCAACAAGAUAGCCGCCAGUCUCUCGGCCAAGGCGGAGGCCAGUCGUCUGGCGGAGGGCGGGCCGACACCUGGGGCGCGCAGCUACGGGCGGAAGCGGAAGAACCAGCAGGUGACGCAGGUAGUGCCGCAGGAAGCGCAAGCGGGCGGCGAGGGCGCGGAGGACGCUGCUGCACAGCGGGAAGAAGAGGAUGAGGAGGAGCAGCCUACGCCCGCCAAAAUUCCGCACACCGAUCCCGAUCCCGAGCCCGAUCACGACGCGGAUGCCGAUGCGGAUGCGGACCACGAUAACGAACCGGAUCCCGAUCCGGACCUGGACGAGGCCGACGAGCUGUCGAACAACUCGAACUCGAAUUCGAACAACUCCUCGCUUCAGCACGACGGCUCCUCGUCGUCGCCCCCGCCGCGCGACUUUAAGUUCAAGGACAAGUUCAAGCGCACCCUCACCCUCGACACGCAGGUGGCCAAUGCUAAUGCAGAGGCCGCUGCGGCCGCCGCAGCAGCCGCAGCCGCUGCAGCGGAAGCGGAAGCUGCACCAGCAGCAGCAGCAGAAGCAGAAGCAGAGGGCGGGGCCACCUCGGCCGUUCAACCACCACCACCACCCGCAGAGACGGAGCAGCGAGGAGCCGUGAAGCUGGUCAUUUCCAAGAAGAAGGGCAGCAUCUUUAAGAGCCGAGCCCUGGUGCCCUCCGACCAGGCCGAGCAGGCGACUGUGGCCAAGCGGCACCUCUACAAGCACAGCUGGGACGCGGCCCUCGAGGCGAAUGGCGGUGGCACCGGUAGCGAUGCCAGCAAUGCCUCCGCCCCCGGCGGCGUCUCCUCCACGGGCGGUAAGGACCAUAUGCUGCAUAUGCACCUGCUCGCCACCAAGUCCGAUGGCGACUUCUGCGACAGCCCGUCCUCCAAUAACAACACGAGCAGCGGAAGCUGCUCCUCCUCCACCCUGCGCGACGACAGUCCGAGCCUGGGCCUGGGACAGGGUCUGGGUCUGGGCAAGGUCUCGCGGAGCUCGGCCAAGCAGAUCAGCAUGCCCGCCGCCCAUACCAUGGUGGAGGGCUUCGACAUGGACGCGGCCGAGGUGGAGGAGCUGGGCCUGGAGCGGGUCGUGGGGCUGAGCAGCGUGGGAAAUCUAGUCGGUAGCAGCGGCAGCGGUCCCAUUCGGGUGGACCGCAAGACCAAGGAGUACUACACGGUGGUGCGGAAUGUUAAGACCGCCCACCAGAUCCAGGAGAUUGGCGAGUACCAGGAGAUGGACGACGACGUUGAGUACAUACUGGACGCCCUGCAGCCGCAUAAUCCCCCUGCAACGCGCUGCCUCUCCGCCCUCCAGCUGGCCACCAAGUGCAUGAUGCCCGCCUUCAGGAUGCAUGUCCGUGCCCAUGGCGUGGUCACCAAGUUCUUCAAGGCCCUGUCCGAUGCCAACAGGGAUUUGAGCCUGGGCCUGUGCACCUCGGCCAUCAUGUACAUCCUGUCGCAGGAGGGCCUCAACAUGGACCUGGACCGGGAUUCGCUGGAGCUGAUGAUCAACCUGCUGGAGGCGGACGGCGUGGGCGUCGGCGGGGCGGCCCCCUCUGACCAGCGGGCCAACUACGAGCGGAACAAGCAGAAGGUGCGCGAGCUGUGCGAGGAAAUCAAGGCACAGGGCAAGGGCACCCACCUGAACGUUGAGUCCAUCACGGUGGGCACGCUGGCCAUGGAGACGCUUCUCUCGCUGACUUCGAAGCGUGCCGGCGAGUGGUUCAAGGAGGACCUGCGCAAGCUGGGCGGUUUGGAGCACAUCAUCAAGACCAUAUCGGACUUCUGCCGGCCUGUGAUCGCCUGUGACAUGGACAUGGAGCGGCAGAUCACGUGGGUGCCGGUCCUGCUGGACAACAUGCAGACGGUGGCUCGCUGCCUGCGCGUCCUCGAGAAUGUCACGCAGCACAACGAGGCCAAUCAGCGCUACAUGCUAACCUUUGCCAAGGGGCGGGCGGUCGACACGCUCUGUCUGCUGUACCGGCUCUGCAGCCGGCAACUGGUGUUGCAUCCCUCUACCACAGAGCUGGCAACGGGCAGCAACAGCCGCAAGGAGCAUCCGGGCGUCGCCAUGCGCGAGCUUCUCAUAAACGUGAUGAAGGUGCUGAUCAGCCUCACGCACACCUUCAACGAGGCACACCCCUCGUUGGGCGCCGAUCUGCUGGGCAAGCGUGGGGACGUGAUCGAGACGAGCUUCCAGCUCUUGCUGCUCUCAGGCAACUACAUUCCGGAAAACUGUGUCUUCGAGCUGAGCAUUUUGGUACUCACUCUGCUGAUCAAUCUGUGCAUGUACACGCCGCGCAAUCGCACCCAUUUGAUGGAGGCGUUUGCCCCAGCCGAAUAUGUGGCGGACACUCCUCCGGUGCAGGGCAGAGUCAGUGCACUCCAGGCCCUGAUCGAGUACUUUUACAAGUGCGAGGAGCUUGCAAGAUUGGUGGAGAAGAACACUGAUGCCUUCCUGGAGAGCAACGAGACGGGAAAGAAGAAACAGGAGGAAGUCGAGGAGACGGUCAACAAUCUGCUUCAGCGCGCUGGCCACCACAUGGAGCAUACGCUUAAGGGCAGCUAUGCGGCUAUUCUUGUGGGCAAUCUGAUAACCGACAGCGAGCUGUACGAGGCAAUAGUGCGGCGCCAGUUACGCGGCCACAGCUUCCGGGAGGUUGUCGGUGUGCUGGAGAAGUACCACACCUUCAUGAAUCUGACGUCCAGCCUGGAGGCUGCUGUCGUGUCUCACAUGAAGUCCACGAAGCGCAUCAUCGACAACUUCAAGAAGCGCGACUACAUCUACGAGCAUGCGGACGAGCAUGACGACGGUCUGCCCCUCAACCUGGAGACAACCGCGCAGGACCACCAGGAUGAGCUGGCGGCGGGCAUUAGUGGGGACACGACCACUUCCUCCUCCACGUCCUCGUCGCCCACAUCGUCGACGCGCGUGCCGCGCGUCUACAAGACAUACAGCAGCCAUAGAUAAUCGCUGUAACCGUGAGGGAGGAGGAGGAGGCGACAGCCUGCCACCAAAAUAUAAAUCUGUUUGUGAUUAUGUAAUUCGUUUAUGUGUUUAUAUGCCGCCACUAUAUCUACUUGCGUGUAGUAUGUGUAUGUAUUUGUGUAUAUGCCCCCUGCACUAAGCUUCGGAUCAGCUACCAUUAUCCUUUACAGAUAUAUAAAUACAUAUAUAUGUAUAUAUGGUUAUAUGUAUAGCCGCGAUUAGGAUAGGGAUAGUAAUGUGAAUGUGAAUGUGUGAAUAUGAAUAUGUUUAUUCGUUUCCAUUAACCAAAAGUGAUAGUAAACUCUUGAGCAUGGUCAGCGUUUAAACUAAAACCCGAGACAGUAACCGGAAACCCCAAUCGAAACGGAAAUGAUCGACAAAAAUCGAUCAAUGCGGAAUCGAACCCUCAAUCGAAACGGAAACCAACCUGUAACCGAACUAGUACGAUCCCGUAACCGAACCGAAAUCAAACACGAAGCCGGAAUUAAUACCGAACCCGGACCCGAACAACACAAAGAUCCAAAUCCACUACUGAUAUGUGUACGUUAUAUAGUCAUAAGCAAUAUUAGCCUAAACUAAACUACUGCUUACCGAAACAUGUAAAUAUUGUUUAAUCAGCGAUUUUAUCGAGUGCGUCUUAGUUUUUAUUUGUAAUGUGUUUUUUUUUACCUAUUCGUACUCUUAAAUAUAUUAAAUACCUAUCUCUUUUGUUGUAAUCUUUAGAUUACACAUCUCAAAAUAUCCAGAGAUGCAGACAGAGACCGCGAAAAAGAGCGAGACAGAAAGAGAAGUGUAACAAAAGCGAGCAAGGAGAAAUUUA